AUGGCAAGCCGUAUACAAGAACCCCAUCUACAUUGGCGACCCAAAUCCUACCCCACGCAAACAUGCGAUUCUCACACCCCCGUAAACGGCAAUGCAGCACGCAACAUGUCCCUGUCAACGAUGCAGACUUCGGUCGAGGACUUCACACCUGGCCCAUUGCCGAAGACGAUUCGUGCAGUGAAAGAUUCGAAUGUCGAGUAUGUGGGUGGGAGGACGUUGGUUAUCUGUCUGGAUGGGACGGGGGAUAAGUUUGAUAAUGACAAUAGCAAUGUUGUCAAUUUCGUUGCUUGUUUGAAGAAGGACGACCCUUCGCAGGUUACUUACUACCAAUCCGGAAUUGGGACAUACGAUGGCCACGGUUUGAAAAGCGGGAUCUCAGCUGCUGUUGACAUGGCAGUCGGGAGUGGACUCGGCAUCCACAUCAAAGACGCGUACAGGUUCCUCAUGCAGAACUACCGCGAAGGCGAUAAGAUCUGUCUUCUGGGCUUCAGUCGUGGUUCUUAUACUGUUCGUUGUCUCGCUGGAAUGCUCCACAAAGUCGGCCUCCUCCCCGCGCACAACCGUGCCCAAGUCUCCUUCGCCUACAACUUCUACAAAGACGACACCCCGUCAGGCUGGACCAUGUCCGCACAAUUCAAGAAGACAUUCUGCAUAAACGUCAACGUGUACUUCGUCGGCGUAUGGGACUGCGUCUCCAGCGUGGGGUUCUUCCCACGGAAACUCCCAUUUGGGAAGAGCCCCACGAAUAGCAUCAUGUGGUUUCGCCAUGCAAUGGCGCUGGAUGAGCAUAGGGCGAAGUUUAAGAUUUGUCAGUAUCAGCAUAGUGAUCCGGCGGCGGGGCAGAAUGGCGGGAUAGGAGGUUUAGAGGAAGGAAAGAGGGAGAUGGUGAGGAGGAAGGGGAGGGAGCAGGCGGGGUGGGUGAGGAGGGUGUUUGGGGGGUGUUUUGGGGGGAAGCCGACUGUUGGAGUGAGACACGGGGAAGAGGAUGCGAAAUCGAUGAGUUCGGACAAAGAGCAGGAGAAGCGAGAGAAGGAUUUCGAGAAAGCGGAUCAGUCGGCUCAUCAACGCGUCUCGACUGACGUCCUGGAAGUUUGGUUCGCAGGCUGUCAUGCUGAUGUUGGCGGCGGUGCUGUCGCGAACGGUGAGAGACAUAUGUUAUCGCGUAUUCCACUCCGUUGGAUGAUACGACAAUGUUUCGAGUGUAAUACCGGCAUACUGUUCAGCACCGCUGCGUUGGCGGAGACGGGUAUCGAUGUCCCGACAGUCUGGCCCGUGUAUAAACAGACUCGGAAACCGGUUGUGGGACCCUCGCCUUGUACAGUUGAGAUGUACGAGGCUGGAGAUCUGCCGCCACUCAGGAGGAGGUCAACUGCACUUGGUGUCGAUGACGAGCAGGAGGACAAGAAGGAAACGCCGCAUAGAAAACCCUCCCCUCGUCCUCUAUCUGACUUCGAUCUCCUUCCUGAACACGUCGAAGAUCAUUUUGAUGCUAUGGCGCCUAUCAACGACCAGCUUGAGCAAGCGAAAGGUUGGUGGGCAUUGGAGUUCUGGCCUGUGAAGGUGAGAGUGCAGAAGAAAGACUCCGAGGAGUGGGAGAAGGUUGUGAGGAUGAAUAUGGGACGGUUUAGGGCUGUGAGAGAGGUCGAGCCGUUGAUGCAUUGGAGUGUUGAGAAGAGGAUCACCGAGGGUGAUUAUAAGAUUCGGAAUGUUGUUGAUAAGAAUGCUAGUUGGAGGGUUUCUUUUUGA